UGUUAAUUAUGGUUAACCAUAGUUGUAGACAACAGUGGGAGUAUUUCAAGGUUACGGUAUGUGCAGAGUUUGUAUCAUUGCUUGCUUGUGUAAAGUACAGUCUGAGUCAAGCAGGGCUGUGUUGGAGGAAAGUUAACUAAAAUGAAAGGUAAAAACUCCAGAUUGCUUGCAGUGAGAUAUCAACUUGAUAGAUUUGCUGAUAAGCUUAAGUUGUGAACUGCAAUCUGAAUGGCUUCUUCCCCAAAGAUAAACGAUUGAUAACACAUUAUCUGAGAAUGAUGAGGACCUUACGAAUGUGAUCUGGAGUUGGUACUCAGGAUUGGAGUGGGUCUACGUGAGGAGGGUCAAGUAACCUGUGUCGGUAAGUCAACAUGUCAAGCGAACAAGAUGAAUAUGACUGCGACAAUGAUACUCCAAAGAUUCAGAUACCCGAGACUGAAAAUGAUGAUUUCUCGUUCCGUAAGCUAUGGGCAUUCACGGGACCUGGGUUUCUACUGUGUGUGGCGUACUUGGACCCUGGCAACAUAGAAGCUGAUCUACAGGCUGGAGUUGUUACCAAAUACAAGAUCUUAUGGGUUCUCCUGGGAUCCACGGUGCUUGGUCUGAUGAUGCAGCGCCUGUCUCUAAGGCUAGGAGUGGUGACUGGCAGACAUCUGGCAGAGAUGUGUCACCUCCAGUACCCGACACUGCCUCGUCUCUUCCUCUGGCUGAUGAUAGAAGUGGCCAUCAUCGGCUCCGACAUGCAAGAAGUCAUCGGAACAGCCAUCGCACUCUAUCUGCUCUCCAACAAACUAAUCCCACUCUGGGUUGGAGUAGUAAUCACAGUAGUGGACACCUUCAUGUUUCUGCUGCUCGACAGAUACGGACUUCGAAGACUGGAGCUAUUUUUUGCGAUGUUAGUAGCCGUAAUGGUCUUCACUUUUGGAUAUGAGUUUGUGGUGGCUCGACCUAGUGGCGCGGAGAUGUUGAAGGGUCUCGUGGUACCAUGGUGUGAGAACUGUGAUAGUUCUGUAUUGCUACAGGCCAUCGGUAUCAUUGGUUCCACAAUAAUGCCUCAUAACUUGUAUCUGCACUCUGGCCUGGUCAAGUCCAGACAAGUGGAUCGGUCCAAAGCCAAUAAAGUUAGAGAGGCCAACAAGUACUUCUUCUUUGAGUCGUUCAUGGGCUUGACUGUCUCCUUCACUAUCAACGCAUUGAUUGUAUCGGUGUUCGCCAGCGAACUCUACGAACACACCAAUGCGGAUGUGAUGAAGAUUUGCUUGGACAGUGAUGUCCCACAUGAUAACAUUUUCCCCAACAACACAGAGAUUGUGGAGCUGGACAUAUACAAGAGUGGGAUCUUCCUAGGCUGUAGGUUCGGCCUGGUAGCCAUGUAUAUCUGGGGUAUAGGUGUGUUGGCUGCAGGGGAGGGGACGACAAUGACGGGAUGUUAUGCAGGACAACUUGCAAUGGAGGGGUUUCUGCAUCUCAAGUGGAGCAGAUGGAAGAGAGUUUUCUUCACUAGAUCCAUCGCCAUCGUUCCGACAUUCUUCAUAGCGUUUUUCAACUCCAUCUCAGACCUAAGUGGACUGAAUGACAUGCUCAACGCAGUCAUGAGUAUUCAGAUCCCCUUCGCUACUUUGCCUCUGGUUGCCUUUACCAGCAACCCCCAUCUGAUGGGAGAGUUCGUUAAUUGCCGAAUGAAUGUAAUUUUCAUGCUACUGGUCUCUGUGAUGGUGAUUGCCAUUAAUGUCAUGUUUGUGAUAUCCUCCGUUCUACAAGCAGCGCUACAAGACUACUGGUUGCUCUACGCUCUCGCUGCGUAUUCUCUCAUGUACUUUGCUAUGUGCGGAUAUCUUGUGUUACACAUGUACGCUAACUUAUCAGAGUCAAAACCCGCUUUUGCUAAGAUGUUUGUGAAAGGUAGCGACUGGCGGAAUAAAAAUAUCGAUAGCUGGAUAGAAUUACAGAAGAAAAGGUGAAUGUUCAGUGACAAGGUAAUAUUAUUUAGCAAUUAUUUUAUUACUUUGUUUUCUGUAUUGUGUUUGGUUUAGAUUUACCGUAAUUUUGCACUACUUCCAAAAUCUCUUAGUUAAUCAUACCCUUUUUUAAGAGCAAUCUGCUAUGUUUGAAAUACAUUGUAUUGUAUAUAGC